UAUGAGCAUACGUCGUAUCCAGACAUACAGAAACAAACUGCGCCAAAAAUGAGCCGUUGAACGGUUAUUCGGUUGCUUACCGACAUAGUAAGUUAUAUUUGUGCUUUAAAUUUUCGCUCUAACGGCUAUUUACCGAACCGGUCAUGUCGGCUAGUAACGGUGAAUAUUUCAUUGACCCUUCUGGAAGUACGACGCUGCUGGCUGAUACGGCCCCUCCGAUCGCGGUGCAGCCUUUAAUUAUUCGGAGAUUGUUGCCCGCCACCGUCACUUCCCAUCCCGUUCGUGGCGCUGAAUCCGACGAAAAACCCCCAAAGCGCCCUUAUUUCCGGUGGGAUGCGUUCGACGAAAACGUCUUACUGGAAUGGCUGGAAGAAAACUACGAGCGUUGGAGAAGCGCUGCCGUUAUGGCGGGCAGACCACACCGGAAAACGAUGCACGGGCAGACCAAAACGGGGAUGGCGAGGGAAUUUCGCCAACAUCUCCUGGCCAAAGGCAGUGCGCACCAUAGACCGGUCAACAAUAUUCGGGAGAAGAUUGGCAAUCUGGAGAAAUCGUACCGUCAAGCGGAAGACUUGCUGAGGAAUACCGGCGAUCCAAAGACAACGCGCACCGAAAAGCUGAAUAGUCUGGUUUUAAAAACUUCGAUCUUGAAGAAGUGCAGGCAUUUCGUUCGGUUGGAAAAACUGAUGGGAAGACGGUCCUAUAAUCAAGCAGCACGUGGCGAGGCCUUGGCAAUGCCUGAUGUCGGUAGCACAGCAGCGCAGAUAUUGCCGCAGGAUUCUGUCGGCGGUAAAGCAGCAGGAGCAGCCGCAAUAACAAAGGUCACCCGCGACGAAAAGGGGCUGACGAAAAACGUGCGCAACCCGCGAGAAAACCGCUCCGCCUUUGCUGACGAUGAAUUGAAGGGAGUCGAUAAAGGGGACGGAACGGAAAAGGAGGAAAGCGAUAGUGAGGAGGCCGAAGAUGAACAGGAGUUGGAGAUGGAUCCGCAGACUGCCCACUGGAUACUGCAGCUACUCGCACAGAAGGAACAGUUCUACCAGAAGAAAAUGGCGAUGCAGAAGGAAUUUUGGGAUAAGCAGCUGGCACUGCGACGAGAAGAGCUUCGUGUGCGAACACUGGAGGCGGAAAAUCAGCGGAUAAUUGCCGAAAGUCAGCGGGCGGAAAUCGAAAAGUACCGCAACUUCCUCCAACACAAGAUGAUGGCACUGGUCAGCAACAACAUGGCACUUAGUGACCAGUCGCCGAAGUAGCCUCUUUUGCGUGCAGAAAUACAGCGAAAUCUACGGACUAUUUUGGACAUUCCUUGAAUAUUGUUAAUGUCUUAAUGCUAAUUAACGACUGCAGCUAUUAUUGUUGUUGUC